AUGUUAAUUUCGCCCAAUUUGGGCGAUUGUUCAGAUACAAAACCAGCUCAAAUACGAACGACAUCGCGCGUUUAUGCGGACGUUUUGGCCAACAAACCGACCUCGUACUACGAAUACGAUUCCUUCACGCCCGCCUACGAAAACAUCGAAGAUUACAGCCUGAUCCGUAAGUUGGGGCACGGAAAGUACAGCAUCGUUUUCGAGGGGCUGCACGAGGCGAAAAACGAACGCGUCGUCAUUAAAAUGUUGAAGCCCGUGCGCAAGAAAAAGGUGAAAAGGGAAAUCAAGAUUUUGGAUGUGCUACGAGGUGGAGUUAACAUUGUUAAAUUGCUCUCCGUUGUCAGCAUCCCAAGUUCUGAUUUACCAGCGUUGGUUUUCGAGCAGUUGGCGCACAAUGACGACUUCAAAAACAUCUAUUUAACCCUCAACGAGCCUGAUACAAGAUAUUACCUGUACGAGAUCAUAAAAGCUCUUGAUUUCUGCCACAGCAAAGGCAUAAUGCACAGGGACGUAAAGCCCCACAAUAUAAUAGUGGAUCAGGAAAGCCGUAGAAUUCGCUUGAUUGACUGGGGCCUGGCGGAAUUCUACCACCCAGGGCAGGAAUACAACGUCAGGGUGGCAUCAAGGUAUUUUAAGGGGCCCGAGUUGCUGGUGGAUUAUGGCUAUUACGAUUACUCCCUGGACAUGUGGUCUUUGGGGUGCAUGUUCGCCUCCAUGAUUUUCCGGAAGGAGCCCUUCUUCCACGGAAACGACAACUACGACCAACUGGUGCGAAUUGUGAAAGUGCUGGGGACCAACGAGCUGAAUGUUUACUUGAAAAAGUACAACAUCGAGCUGGACAACAAGCUGCAAGCAAUGAUCGGGCUGCACGCUAAAAAAUCUUGGCAGAGAUUUAUAACGACGGAAAAUGAAUACCUGGUCAACGACCAAGCAUUUAAUUUGCUGGAAUCUCUGCUGAGAUUCGACCACAUGGAAAGAAUUUCGGCCAGGGAGGCGCUGAAUCACAACUAUUUUUGCCAUUUGAAACGAAAGAGUAAUUAAGGUUCAAAUUUAAUUUGUAAACGUUUAACUUGUUCGAAAAUAUAUCGCAGUUUGACUUU